UGCCGGGCUCGACCACAUUCCUCCUCGGACCCUCGUCCUGCAUCACAACUUUGUCGAAACACGCCAGAGAAGGAAUCCGGAUUUGGGACAGCACGAAAGAAGCACCUUUGAAGAACAAGACGAACAGACAGAAGGAUGAUGGUUAUUAACGAUUCAGAUCCGCCGACCCCGCCAGACUCUCAAGCCACCCAGUCUGGGAGGAAAGGCUCCAAGAAGGUCAGGACAGGCUGUAUAACAUGCAAAAUUCGCAAGGUCAAGUGUGACGAGGCCAAACCUUUCUGUUCCCGUUGCACCAAGACGGGCCGCCGAUGCGAUGGAUACCUGGACGCCAAAACCAUGGCCCAGCGGAGGCGUCGAGCCGGUGCCGUCCCGGCCGGCGGUCCCGGGGGCUACCCCGCGCCUCUGUCGCUGCUCUACGAUUGGGCGUCGGCCGACGAGAAGCGCUCUUUCCAUUUCUUCCAGAACGUCACGGCUCCGUGCCUGUCGGGCGACUUUGACGGCGACUUCUGGCGCGUCCUCGUGCUGCAGAUCUGCCAGACAGAGCCCGCUGUCAAGCAUGCCGUGCUCGCCGUGAGCAGCCUGCACGAGGCCAUGGUGCAAGCCUCGGUGGCACCCUACGCGGACAACGACGACAGGCACUCGUUCGCCCUCUACCAGUACAACAAGUCCAUCUCGUGUAUGCUGGGCCAGAUGCGCUACGUCGACGCGAGGCCGCUCGUGCCUCUCCUGACCUGCGUCCUCUUUGUAUGCAUCGAGCUCAUGCAGAGCAAGGACCAUGAAUCUCUCAUGCACCUCCAGCAGGGCCACCAGAUCCUCAGCCAGAUGGCCCGGAAGCCGCCGACGCGCAAGCCCGAGCUCGACAUCAUCAAGCAGCACCUAGUGCCCAUGUAUACCCGCCUCAGCCUGACUUCGCUGCUCCUCGGCGUCGACCCGGUGGCGAUACCGAAGCCGCUGAAGCCCAUGACAGAGGUGCCCUCCGUGUUCAACGGCAUCGACGACGUGCGGUACGCGCUGUACGACUUCAUGGACGAGUGCCUCCGGUUCGCCAAGAAGUCGCGCCCAGCAAAGUCUGGCGACGCCUCGCCCGAGGAGCUGCACGCUUUCGAGAACGAGCAGCACUACUUGCUGGGGAAGCUCGCCAAGUUCAAUGUUUCCUUUUCCCUAUACCAGUCGACAAAAUCCAGAGACGCGCCGCCGGGAGCGCUCGCUCUGAUCCAGAUCCAUGUGCAUACCGUCUACAUCUGGAUAUCGACAGCCCUCAGCAAGAACGAGACGGUUUUUGACAAUUACGUGUCGACCUUCUCGGCCAUCAUCCCUCUGGCGGCCGCCUUCAUGGACACGCUCCUAGCGCCUCGGGCCCGCGACCACCCGUCAGGCAAAGCCGCGGCAUCGUGCACGCCGUCGGCGGCUGACACGCGGCGCUUCUCAGCCGUCUUCACGUUUGAGAUGCACAUAAUCGCUCCGCUGUACUUUGUCGCAACCAGGUGUAGACACCCGCUCAUUCGGCGAGCCGCAUUGGAGCUCCUGCGGCGCAAUCCGACGCGGCGCGAAAACGUGUGGCGGGCAAAUGUCAUGGCCAACCUUGCCGAGCACACCAUCAGAUUGGAGGAGCUGCACUUGCAAGCCCCACACGCCAUGAGAUCCCAGUCGCAGCCCGCUUCGCCGCCGGCUGCUGCGCUGACGGCCCCCAUUCCAUAUGCUGGCGACCCUGCUGACGAUGACGCGUGGGCCAGGGAGCUCCUCGACGUGCAGCACCUGCAGGACAACUUCCCAGUCGUCGAUGGCUCGGAUUCAAACAAUUCCUUCUCGUUCGACCACGCGAACAGCUCGGCAGGCUCGGGCGGGAGCAUGGACGUGCUCGUCGACGACGACCUCAGCAUUGGCCACCUCCCUAUCGACCCGACUCUCCUCUUCGAUGCGUCCGAAGUGGCGUCGUCGGUCCGCUCGUACAGCGGCGCUCCGUCUGUGGCAUCGUCCCUCGACGAUCACCACUUCGCGGCCAACAACCUGUUCAUGGGCGGCGGUGGCACUGGUCCAGGAGCCGGGAACUCGCCUUCGGGCAACCCACUCUGGGCGACGUCUUCGCAGGGGGGUCGGCCGAGCAUCUCGGUAGAGCCACCCACUCCUUGGGACGAGGGGCCCUUCUUGAUGGGGCUGCCGACGCGGCAGCGGCGGCCAGCCGGCGACUCGAUCGGGUCGGACGAGUCUCUCGGCCUGCUGGGGCCGCCGCCCUGCAGCGCCGAGGCUCCGUUUGAGAUUCCCGAGAUCUUCCGGGUGCAUGCCACCAUCAUCGGGCCCGAGGACAACGACAACUGCGUCCGCAUGUUUCGAAAGUUGAGAGGGCUGAAUGCCAAGUGGGAUAUACAGACAGAGUGGUUAUGACAUUUUUUACCGGGGUAGGAUGGAGCGGUUUUUACUUUCUUCUUCUCUUUAUUUCUUUCUCUUAUCUCUUUCUUUCUCUUUAUCCUUUUUAUUUUCUGGACCAACAGAGGGACUCUUGUCUGUCUCGAACGUCUUGUAUAAUGGCUCGCAAAAGGGACAUGAUUGUUUUUCUUCUUUCGUACAUAAGGAUAGAUACCCGGUAUACAUGGCACGACACAAACGAC